AUGGACAGUUCAGAAAUAGCUCACUGGCAGGUGGAUGAUGCACUUUCACUGAAAGGAAAAAGACUGGAUUUUUAUGGAAGAGCUGACACGUACGUGAGCCUGACCAACACGGUUCCUGAACUCAGUCGAUUCACAGCAUGCAUUGACCUGGUAUUCGUGGAUGACAAAUCAAGCGGUUGGAUGGCCUUCUCCUAUAUUACUAAUAACACCUUCCUGGGCAGAGAAGACGUAGACCUUGGACUUGCAGGAGACCAUCAGCAGCUAAUACUGUCCAACUCGGGGAGGACUUUUUAUAUCCGUUACCAACUGACUCCGUUUCAGUGGCAUACGAUCUGCUUGAUAUGGGAUGGUGUCAAGGGCAGAUUAGAGCUCUUCCUGAAUACAGAAAGGAUACUGGUAGUGAUGGAUCAACCACAAAGCCUGACACCUAAUGGGACUCUGAUUCUAGGACAUUUUCUCAAGAACUGGGACAGCCAGGUUAAAAGCCCACUGCCUGGCUUCGCUGGCAGCUUGUACUACUUUCAACUCUGGGACCACGUCCUGGAAAAUGAGGACUUUAUGAAGUGUUUGGGUGGAAACGUAGUUAGUUGGGAAGAAGACGUUUGGCUCAUCAACAAGAUCAUCCCAACUGUUGACAUGAGACUGCGCUGCUUUGUUUAUGAAAAUAUAACAACUCAAGAAAUGAGUACAACUCUUUCUCAGCAAAUAGAUGUGACAACUCCAUCCCAAGUUACUGGACUAAAACCGCAAGAGACAGUAUAUUCUUCUACAAUGAUGUUUAAAAGCACGCCUGUAUUUGCAACUGAUUAUGCAACCGUAUCAUAUUCCAAUACAACGUCUCCACUUCUGGAAACAGUGACUGCCCCCAAAUUAUUAAAGACAUCCGUAGCGGGGACUGCUAGAUUCACGGCAGACAGUUUGUCAACUUCAGCAGCCAUCACUCUGCCUACCAAGGGUACCUCCACAGGCGCUACCACCAAUUCCAUGAAAAUAACUAAAUCCCCAUCUUCAGAGAGCACCGGGACAACAAAAAUGGCUGAAGCCAUUGCUACUGAGACAUUUCCUCAAACUGCAGCUACUAAUUUUCCGUACACAUCUGGAUUUACCAAGGAUUCAAUUAUACCCAAAACUUCAGUGACUGGAUCUCAGUCGGCCAUUAUGAAGACAACAUCUGCAUUCUCAUCUGUUGAGUCAACACCCGUAUCUACAACAUCUUGGCCCAAGCAGAAAUCCACAGGUACUGAGGCACUUUCUAUCUUCACAGCUAGCCAGGAGUUUCUUACAUCUACAGAUGCUGGAACAGUGCCUCGGUCCACGGUGGAACAGACUCCGGCUACAGCUACUCAUGUUGGGACUGUAUCCGCAUUCCCACCCGGGUCUGUGCUCAUCUCCACAGUUGCUCCAGGGCAUUCUGUAUUUCCUAGAAAUCGGACAGCAGCGACACUGGCAAUAACUGACACAGAAAUAACAUCUACAGUUCAUUCAAAACCACUCCCAACGAGGCCCGUUGAGAUGAUGCCUGUGCCAAGAACAGCUGAGGCAGAAUUGACAUCUAUAGAUUUCCAGGACGUCUCUUCACCCAGAAUGGAGGAUACGAUAUCUACUUUCAUACCAGAAAAGGCCUCUUCUAUGGCCCUUUCUUUCAGGACAUCCUCUCCAUUCACCGGAGCUCAGGAUGUACAGACAGUUAGUGACGCUGAGACUACACAUCCAGCCUCGACUCCUGGAGUCACACCUGCCGCCACGGUGGCUGAAACUGUGCUCCCCCCCACAACAGCUGGGCCGACACAUACCCAGAAUACCCCCACAGAUGGUGGAAACAUGCCCUCUUUGAAUUCUACUAGAUCAGCUUCCACAGUCAAGGCAUAUGAGUCUGGUCCCACAUCCAUAACUGAUGACGGUGCCCAACUACUCUCCACCGGUGAAGCCACUUGGGCUUCCAGGCCAGACCAGACCCUGCUGACACUAGCAUUCCAUGGGAGUGCUUCUAAUGCAGAACAUUCGUCCACAACCAGUCCUGUUGGUUUCCCACCAGAAGCACCCUCAGAAAGUGAGGCUACCCCUGUCGCCGAUGCUAUUAUUACCGCUGAUGGUACUACAGACAGAUACACAACAGCUCUAUCCAACUCGACGGCUUCGUGGUUGUUUGUUAACUUCUCCACAGUUUCAAGACCCGCAUCUGUAACCACACUGCCUGAGUUUAAACUUACCACCUUCCUACUAAAAACUACCCCUAUGUCUACAGCAGCUGGAAGUGAGGUUCUUUCAACGCCAAGGGAGACAGUUGCUCCCCCAGUAGGUGCAUCUACCGUUGCUGACACUGAACCAAAUUUUUCUACUGGGGAGAGCGCUUCUGAGACCAUCCUAACAGAGACAAGUGGUACGAUUGCAUGUGGAGGGACAACGGCCCCCGUAGCAGAGUCUGCAAAAACACAAAGAUAUGAGGCUACUGUGACAAGGAAAGAAACAGCUGCCCAUUGUCUUGAGGGAAAAUCAACUAUAGCAGUGACAACUGAGCGUCCUCCAUCUGCAACAAUGCCGGAAGCAACGGAUGAAUCUGCACAAAGGGUAACAGCUUCUGUCGCCAUUUCCCCUUUUCCCGAUAUAGAAAAGUUGACUACCCCAUUGGAGAAUAGAACUGCAACUACUGAGGUGAGAGGAAGUUGGCUUUCUACGAAAUCGAUGAAGACCACACCAAAGAGUUCAUACGAUGGGACCACAGAAAUCUUUAAUUCCACCCACACCUACACAGCACAUCGGACUUCAGAGGCUCCGCCUGAGGGGAAUCCAACCCCAUCUCCCAUUUCUGGGAGCGCACAGACAUUCCCUGAACCCUUGGGCGCUUCCACCAGAAGGAUUUUGGGGACCAGCUUUGCCACUAUCCCUACAGACAUGACAGCUAUGUCCUUGCCUGCUGGCAUCUUGCCUCCGCAGCCUACAGCUACCCAUUCCUCAGCAACCCCUGUGCCAUCAGCUCCUGUGGCCACAGCUUCAGUGUCACCUUUGGGCCAGACUGCUUCGGCAACCAGCCACGGCAUGCCUACACACGGACGCUCGAUUCACACCACUUCAGAAGCCACAGUGAUCGCCGUCAGUAAAACACCCGCGACAGUCCUCUCUCUGACAGAACGUCCAGUCCCCUCGUGGAGACCUCCCACUCCCUUGGCAACUAAGGCUGAGACCACCCAUCGCCUCACCUCGGCUGACACAGUAACCCCAUUUACACCCACUCUUGUCUGCUCUAAGUCCAUCUCUGACAACAUUCCUGUUGUGUCCUCCACCCGUGUGAUCUCAACUCGGUUUACACCAGUGACGACCCGACCUGUAUCUCAAGUGGAGGAGACUUCCACCCACGCUCUCAGCUUUCUGCACACUCUCAGCAGUAGUGGGGAUGUUGUUAGCUUGGCGACCAGCACCACAGAAACCUCUGUUGUUAACGAGACCAUGUCCUCAGACACGUCUGCCCAUAAGGCUAGUACUUCAGUAGAUGAUCACAUUUCUCAAUCUUCAGCGCAUCUUGGAAACACACUGGUCCCCACCCUAUUAGUGACUGACGUUUCUACCUUGCCUUCUGACAAAGAGCAGAUGACCACAUCCCUGGGAAACACCUCUGGAACUAUGGAGGGGACAGAAAUGUCCCCGGCGGAGAAUCCUUUUAUUUCAGAUUCCCAGAGUACUUCAUCCUUGGAAAUGACAGAUACAGGAGCUGCUGAGAGCCCAGCAAUUUCCACCCAUCAAACACGUUCACCUUCAGACUUCCCACUUGCAACUCCACCUGACAGGAUUUCAGCUUCACCUCCCGCUUCUGGGAGUAUACAGACUACAUCUACCUCUCUCUCAAGCCACACAGGAGAUGCUCACAUUCCAGAAAUGUCUACCGUCACUUCCGGGACAACCAGACCCUUCAUCAACAUCUUCAAGAUCUAUCCCUAUCACUUUGGCUGA